AGGUUUGUUCUGGCAAGCUCCGCUCUGAGUCCCUGUCAAUCAACAGUGACGUCACAAAGGCCGGGUCGAAUGGAGCUGAAGAUUUUUUCUGGGUUCCCGGAAGAGGAGACGCGGUCUUCGUGUAGCGGGGUAGUGGUCGCGGUAUGUGUGUGGUAUGGAGGGUAAGAGAGUGGAGAUUCCAACCGGAGUACUGGACGACUUGUGCAGCCGAUUCAUUCUGCAUAUUCCAAGUGAAGAAAGGGACAAUGCAAUCAGAGUCUGCUUUCAGAUUGAGCUGGCCCAUUGGUUUUACUUGGACUUCUACUUGCAGAACACACCAGGAUUGCCUCAGUGUGGGAUAAGAGAUUUUGCCAAAUCUGUCUUCAACCACUGUUCAUUUUUACUUCGGAAAGGAGAUGAUGUGGAAAAGAUUUUAGAUGAAUGGAAGGAAUACAAGAUGGGAGUUCCAACAUAUGGUGCAAUUAUACUAGAUGAGACACUGGAAAAUGUCCUUCUUGUUCAGGGUUAUUUGGCAAAAUCUGGAUGGGGCUUUCCAAAGGGUAAGGUGAACAAAGAGGAGGCUCCACAUGACUGUGCUGUGAGAGAGGUUCUGGAAGAAACAGGAUUUGACAUAAGAGAUCGCAUUUGUAAAGAUGACUACAUUGAACAAAGAAUCAAUGAUCAGUUAGCUCGAUUAUACAUAAUACCAGGUGUUCCAAAGGAUACAAAAUUUAACCCUAAAACAAGAAGAGAAAUAAGGAAUAUUGAAUGGUUCUCUAUUGAGAAGUUGCCAUCUCAUAAGAAUGACAUGACUCCCAAGUCAAAACUGGGUUUAGGACCCAAUAAGUUUUUCAUGGCUAUUCCAUUUAUAAGGCCACUAAGAGAUUGGAUAUCAAAAAACUAUGCAGAUUCUUCAGAUAGUGAUGGACUUGUAUCGAAUAGCACAACGCCAUCUAAAACUUUAUUUGAAAGGAUAAAUGCAAGAUCAAGAGUUCGACAGAAUCAGCAGUUAGUUGAUAGAUUUACAGGAGAACAAUGGGCAUGUUCAGCUAAACACAGACCACAGCAGAAGGCAUUCAGUCAAACCAAUCAGUGUGACCCUUUGGAGACAAUGAAGAGUAAGUCACAUAACAUCAGAGGUAAUGGCAGGAAACAGCACCAAGACACUCCAAACCAGAAAAAGAAGUCCAAUGGAAUAAACAAUCAGCAGGCCAAACAAUAUCAAAUAUUGAAAUCUGAUAAAAAACUUCAGCCAAGACGACUGCAGGACAAUUUUGGAAUGGGUGCAGUUUGUGAACUUUGCAGCUCAGAUCAGCUCAUGGAAUAUUCUGGUACAUGCAGAUCAGGCUCUGAUCUCUCUGAUUCCUGCAAUGGGCACUCUGAUUUUAACUUUUCAUCAAAUGCCUUUCUCAGCUUCAAGUUUGAUCGAGAUGCAAUAAUGAAGUGCUUUGACUUAUGACUGAAUGUUGGUCUUUGUGAAAGGAUUAGAAGAUUGGAUGGAACAUGGGUACAAGAUCAUUGAAGACCGGCUUUCAUGCUUGGUGUGAAAGGUCCCUAAGGAUUUUAGAGAUUUAAAAAAAAUAUAAAUUAACAUAUUGUCAUGUUUAAAACGAUUUAGCGUUUUUACACUAUUACCUUUUCAGUAUUUGGAAUUGGCCAUAAAUUUUCUCAGGUGGUUCUUUCAACAGUUCAGAACAGGAGAACGAAUAUUUAACUAGUCUUUCCUUUGUUCACAUUCCUGCCCUAUAUUCUACCAUGCUCUUUCCAUUUGGACUACUCUUCAAUUGAAAGCACUGACGGAUAUCUGUUUUUCAAGUGGAGAUUUUGAAAGACGGGAUUGUUGUGGAUAAUUUUAUUUAUGCAGUUUAAUGAGUUUCAGUUUUGGUGAUAUUCACACAUGGUCCCAGAUACUGGGUAUUAGUUUUGUUCCCAGAUGUACCUUUGUAUCAUUUCUAUUGCCCUAGUCGGCAAACAGAAUCAUCUUUAUUGUCCGCAUAGUUACAUAGUGUUCAACUGUUUCCAUUUUAAAGACUGUUCACUCCAGUUGUUCCCAGAUCCAGUAGCAUUGACAGAUUUCUCAAUUUAUUCUGCAGCUUUUGGUGCUGUUUUAAGAAUAUUCCUCUUUUUUCAUACAUUAAUACCACAAAAAUUAGUGAUGCGAAUGAGACACUCACUACUGAUUUUAAAAUAGACCAAGAGAUGAGAAUGUAGCCUUUUCCUCUCUAUCACUCAAAGGUCAAUUGAGUAGUGAAUUAAAACCUCCAAUUUGGAAAAUAUUUUAAGAGGUAACUUGAUUAUUAAAACCCAUUGAUUCAAGUGGCUAUUGUUAAUUUUUUUUUUAAGAAAACCAUCUGUCUAGAUGUGUUUGUAAGAAUAUUGAAAUACCUUGGUGAUGUAAACUGAUAAUUUAUGGCCAAAAUUUCAUUAGCCUUGAUAACUAAUGGGCAAGAAUUUACCACAAUAGUUAGCUAUUCAAUGUGGAAAUAAGCUUAGUGAGAUGAAGAACAUACUUCUGAGAAAUUAUUUCAAGUUUUUCUAGUCAGUUCACCUAUUUUAUGGAGAUAAAACAUGCAAUUGUGACUGUUGUCCUAAUGCAGAAAAAAAAAAUCUCGAGCAGCAUAACAUCAUGAUUUUAAUGACAUCAGUUGUACACUGCAAAACUAGUAUUUGUCAUAUAAAUAGUUUAAUAUAAAGUACUUUAAUAUUUCAAGUUUUAAGAUUACUCAAUUUGUCAUACAAGUAAUCUGUAUGACAUAGAAAGUAUUUGGAUAGUACAGAAGUAAUCAAAUAAAUUAUGAUGGUACUCUGGUACAAUAUGUAUCCCUUUUUAUUAGUAUUUUAUAAAUUUUUUAUUAUAUUCUGUGAACACAGGAUUUUAAAACUUCGAUAGUAUUAUUGUAAUAAUGUAUACAUUUGUUUAUUCCAUUUUCAUUCUGUGGGAGAAUUUUGACAAUAGAUGUAGAUUUUAGAAUUGAGAUUUUUAGCUUUAAAAAAAAUAAAACCUAUUUACAUACAAAUAGGUUCCUUGGGUUGGAAUUUAUUUUAAAACUGACUAUGUGUAUUACAUUCUGAUAGUGUUUAGUGCUAUUAAUAAUUAUGGAUGCCACUUGCACCUUGUGCUGAUUUUCUCUUUCAUUUGCAUAGGGCAAAAGGCAAAAUUUGCUGUGAAUUUGUGUGGUUGAGUCUUUUAUAAUUUCUGUCUAGGAUGGUGGUGAAUAUUUGUGGCUCUGGUUCAGGUGUUUGAUGUUGCAGUGUCCACCAAGCUUGGCAGUUAGCUUCUGUAUGUUUCAUCACGUUGAGUCGGCAUCCUCAGUGCGCAGUUCUUGGUGUUUCUCUCUGGGAGUGCUUGUGUUUAUGUAGGCCUCUGUUCAUUUGUCUCUGUCCUGAUUGGAUACCCUUUCAGUUGACCUUUGAAUUCUAUUGCUUUUCUUUGGCUCUUUGGGGUUUGUAUAUGGCAUCUAUUUCGAUAUGUUUGUUUACGGAAUUAUCUGAAGAGAACUACACUUAUAAAAAUUAUUGUGUCUUCUUCAUGUUUGCUAAGCGAGAACCUCCACAGUGUCCCAGUUAAAGUGGUGUCCUUUUUGGUCUUUAUGUACCAAGAUCAGUGAUGGUGGAUAUUGUCUCCAUACAGCCACUUUGUGUUCCCAUAAACGAGUUGAGAGUUUAUAUCCUGUGUAGCCAUCAUAGUACUUGUUGCAAUUUCCACAGGUGAUCAUGUACACCACUUUGCCACACAGUUAAUUUAAGGGAAUACAAAAAGGUGGUAUGGUUUUGUAUACACAAUCUCCUGUCGCUGAUCUUGGUACACGAAGACUGAAAAAAACACCACUUUAACUAGGGACACCGCAGAGGUUCUGGUGCAAGCAAAUCCAAAGCAGGCACGAGAAUUUUUAGAGGUGUGAUUCUUUUCUGAUAACUCCAUAAACAAACAUAUCGAAAUAGAUGUCAUCCACAGGCCCUUAAGUGCCAAGGAAAUGUGAACCAAUGGUCAACUGAAGAGGUAGCCAAUCAGGACCGAGACAAGCGAAUGGAGGCCUAUAAAAGUCUGAGACUCCCAGAGAGAAACACCCAACAACUGCGCACUGAGAAUGUCACCUUGACUGGUGAUGAAAUGUCUACAAGCUAGUUGUCAAGCUUGGUGAACACUGCAACAUCAAAUGUAAUUUUUGAUUAAACAAUUGAAAAUAAUUUAAAAUCUGAACUAUUUGCUAGUCAUACAGUUGUAGAUUCUUAGAAAUUAAUGAUAAAUUUUCAAAAGUAUAGUGUGCCUCUUGUCUCUUACACCAAGAAGAACCAUUUUAAGUUUUAAACCUUCCUUGUAAAUUUAAUAUGGAUUAACUUGACAAUGGGGCAUGGCCAGUUUGGUGAUUAGAAACUGUAUCUAUUGUGACUCUGAUACACUCUUGAAACUCUAAUAAUCUAGUAUCUAAAAAUCCCAAUGAAUGAACAUCCAGCUUGCUCUUUGUAUACAAAGCUCUUGUUAUCCACUGAAAUUUGGAAACUAUAGUUGGGAGCACUAGGAGUCCAAAGGGAAGAUCAGAUUGUAGGCUCAGCUGGGGGUUGCUGGAGCUCGGAUUAAGAGUAGUGGCCAAGUGCUAGGCUGCUAGUGGUACUUGGCCUGAGGUCUGGGGACCUACAAGGUGAAACUCACCAGGUUGUUUCCCACUCCCUUUAAACUCAGUAAAUUCACUGGAAAAGUUCAUGUUUCCUUAAAAAAUGUGUGAAUAAUAACUAACAAUGUUAUAAUACCAAAAUACAGAGGAUGCCAGAUUAUUGGAAUCUUAAAAUACUGCAGAAAUCCUAAAAACUUGAUUGGCUUAAUGGUCUGCAUUUUGUUAUAUUGGUUUCACUGAUCUUGACAAAUAGCAUUGGGAAGCAAGUGGAGGGCCAGUCUAAGUUAGGGUAGGGUGUAAAUAUACAACCAAACCACUCGUAGGUUCAAUAAAUGUGGUAUCAGGAAGCCAUAGGAAAACCUGAUUAUUGAAUUAUCGAUUUGUUUUACACUUCAGAAAGAUUUUGAAGUAAAUGUCCUUCAUACAUCUGAAAAACUAGAAAUGUGACAGGAAGGACUGAAUUUCAAUGUUGGAAAUGUUUCCUUAAAGUGCUAACUAUUUAGAAAAUGAGAGAAGAUGCUGAUAUUAAGAGAAAUUAUGUUACCUUUUUGUGAUGGGUAUGAUUAGCAGUGGAACAGAUUUAUAGUGUAGAUAUUUUCAACACAUGAUGUGUGAUAUAAUUAAUUGACAGAUGUGUAGUAAUACUUUUUGAAUGAUUUAGUUAAUUUCUAGUACCAUGUUUGUUUAUUACCUUGUUGCAACUAUGAGUAAAGAUAAAAUCACAUAAUUGACAAACAGUAACAUUGGGUUUUACAGAAAGUGUAAAGUUGUUGUGACACCCUGGUGUGUUGAAAAUAUUCCUUGUAUAAUGAUAUAAUUUGGACGAUUUUAGAAAUUCUGCUCUGCAGUUUGUACCAUUAUAUUUGUUCCUGGCGUUGUUUAUGGUGGCAAUUAAAAUGUAAAUCUAACACUGAAAUGCAAAUGAAAUAUAUUGCUCCAAGCCCCACGUGAUGUGGAUAAGUAAUCUGACCACCUAAUUGGAUGACCUCAUUGCUUUUAAGGAUUUGCUGCAUCACCCAGUCUCAGAAAUUGACCAUUUCUGAUACGACAUCUCAUUUCUCUCACAUUUGUAUUGGACUGGGCAGAAAUUACAACAAAUAAAAUAUUGGAAGACUAAA